AUGUGCACCCUUUCAUUAUCGACGAUAUUCUUCUCGUGUGUUCAUCGAAAAUCCAAAUCCAAGUCGACAGAAGACAUCGAGACACCACCUCCCGUUCCAGACAAAGAGCCAGACCUAUAUCAUCCGGGUUCAGCAUAUAUCUUGGGGGAUGUAUCGCGACAGACAGAAAGGGACAGGACUGGAGCUAGAAAACUGGUGAAGAAGUCGUCCAUUCGUCUCGUAGAGAGGGAUUCGGACUCUACUCUGAUUUCGGAGUCCUAUUCUCCUGGGAUUAGGAAUAUUCCUACAGACACAGACACAGAUACAAAGGGAGAGAAAUAUGAUCCAGAUCCAGAGAUCCACGAUCAAAACCAACACGAGAACAUACCAAUAGCGAUAUCCACACCCACCUCCCUACCGGAAAUCAAGUCUCGAACAAUCGAGGAUAUCCCCGAAGAAGACGAGAAAGACCCCCAGGAGAAAGACCUCACUGUUCUACCAAGGACAGAUCUAGAUCUUCAUCCUCAUCAUGCCUCUCAUUCGGAUGGAGACCUACAAGAGCACACACAAACACAAAUAACAAACCCAUCUCAUCGAACCUCGCUCAUCGAAAUGGUCUACUUUACAACCUCCCAACGACUCAAGCAUCUCAGUCUGCGAGUUCCAAAUCUACCAUCAGAAUCGUUGCGCAUCCGCCCGUCUGUGUUGUCCAUGCCGGAAGCGUCGAAUUCAAAUUCGGACCUGACAGACGCAAACAGAAAAAUCAACCCAAACCGACGAAUGGGAAUCCUCCUUGGUAACGGUAAUAAGUAUAUUUUUUGCUAA